AUGGCGUCCACGAUCAGAUUUUACAUGGAACAGUCGGUUCCUGAAUUGGAGGACCUUGAGAGAAAGGGCCUCUUUGACAAGAGGGAAAUCACCAUGAUCAUGAGAAGAAGAACGGAUUUCGAGCACCGCAUUCUGGGUAGAGGCUCGCAGCCCAGAGAUUUCUUAAAAUACAGUGACUUUGAAAUUAACUUGGAAAGGCUUCGAAUCAAGCGGUUCCAGCGGCUCCACAAAACCGAGUUGGUGGACGCCAAACCCUCCAUAUCGGACUGGGCCGGCUUCCGUAAAAUUAUCUUCGUUUUUGACAGAGCCGUGAGGCGGUACCCUGCAAACCUCGAACUUUGGCUGAAAUUCCUCCAGUUCGUGAAAGAAAAAGACGCCAUCAAAAUUGUGUAUCGUGUGUACGCCAAACUUUUGCUGUUGCAGCCGAGAAACGUGGAAGCCUGGCUCUCUGCAGCCAAGUACGAGUUCGAAACCAAUGCCAACGCCAAGGGCGCACGUGACUUGUACCAAAGAGCAUUGAAGUUGAACCCCGAAAGCAGCAAGCUCUGGUUGAGUUACGCACAGUUUGAAUUGGCAUAUGUGUCCAAAUUGCUCGCCAGGCGGAAGGUCAUGGGCUUACUCACCGAGAAGCAACAAGAAGAGGAUUUGCAGGCGCAGGCCUCGGAUUUCCAAAGCCGCUUAGCAAAGGUGCCUGCCGAAAAUGGCACUGAGGGCGAAGACGCUGCAGCAAUCAACAAUGACGUCAUUGCUUUUGACGACGACAACGAGGACGAAAUUAAAGAGCAAUUGGCGCUGUUACCCGAGGCCGACAUGAACAUUUUGGGUAACCCUGACCUGAACCCUGUGCUCAAGGGAGAUAUUGCGCUUACGGUGUUCGACGUGAGCAUCCCCGAGCUUCUGAAGGGCGUGGCGCAAGAAUCCCGCGAGAGCCGUCUAUUCGAACUUGCCGAGCAGUACCUCGAAGUUUUCAGCAAGUUCGAGAACUUGAACAGAGACUACUUGAACUAUCAUGUUGUGUCCUACUUGCAAAAUACCCAUGGCUCAAACCCACGCACGGUGAUGCUCGACAUCACGCUCCCGCUCCGGAACGUCAAGGUGUCAGACAGCAACUUGGCCGAGGCGCUUCAGCUCUCGGUGAACAAGUACAUGGCUUACAAACUGAAGACACGCAGUGCCACUGAAAAAGUAGCGUUGGCGGCACAGUACGUGGCUUUCUUGAAUGCCGAGUACGUGAACUGCGAGGAGGAGAAAUCCGAGCGCACGGUACAGCUCUUGCGCGCGAUUAUCCAGAAGUGCCAGUAA